AUGGCCAAGCCAAUCGUCCUUCAAUUAGGUGAUGACAUCCGCUGGAAUCAUGAAUUGUACGCAAAGUUCAAGGAUCAGUUUGAGAUCCGUCGCUCGUACAGCAUGUCGCGCCCGGAGUUCAUCUGUGCUUUGAAGGAGAAGAAGUUUGGCGACUUCUCUGCUAUGUAUCGGCCCUUCUGGAACACAGGUGGUGAGAUGGGUAACUGGGAUGAGGAAUUAAUCUCCCUGCUUCCUGACUCAUGUAAGGUGUAUGCUAGUGCUGGUGCUGGCUUCGAUUGGGUUGAUACUGCCUGCUUGGCGAGGAAGGGAGUUGUGUAUUGCAAUGCUGCUGCUGCUUGCACCGAGUCUGUGGCCGAUGCAGCCCUCUGGCUGAUCAUCUCCACCUUCCGCUUAUUCUCUUGGUCGGGAAUGGCUGCUCGUUCUCUGGAUCCUGAUCAGUUUGUUGAUGCGAACCGCAAUCUCGCGCCGGUCUCUUUCAACCCCAAGGGUCACACUCUUGGUAUCAUCGGAUUUGGUCAGAUCGGCCGCCGUACUGCUGAAAAGGCGUACCUCGCUCUCAACAUGAAGAUCCUGUAUCACGACAUUGUCCAGAUGCCCCGCGAGCUGGAGAAGGUCUCCCAGGCUACUUACCACAAGAGCAUGGACACCCUCCUCGCCGAGUCUGACUGCGUCGUGGUGGCGACACCUUUCAGCGGCGAGACCUUGCUCAAUGCUUCUCUGCUGUCGAAGAUGAAGCGCGGCUCGCGGCUCGUCAACAUUGCCCGUGGUAAGCUCCUCAACGAGGCUGCCUUGCUCGAUGCUCUGAAGAAGGGUCAGCUCUCCGCUGCUGGUUUGGACGUGCACUACAAUGAGCCCCAUGUCAACCAUGAACUGGGUAAGAUGAAGAACGUCGAGAUCCUUUCGCACAAUGCCGGUGCUUCUCUGGACUCACACAUUGGCUUUGAGCGUCUCGGUAUGGAGAAUAUCAUCUCUUUCUACGAGAAGGGUAAAGCUGUUACUCCUGUCAACGCGCACUUGGUUGCUAAGGCUACAUCCUCUAAGCUAUAA